AUACUUGAACACCCCUCUAGGCUAUGUUUACAAAAAAAAGGAAAUAAAACAUUCAAUUCGCGCUCAUUUAAUAAAUGUAAAAGAGAAUAAACUCACAGAGUAUUUGAAACAUAUUUUCGUACAAAUUUAUAAUAGUAAAAUGCAGGGAGAUGAUGAUAAUAAUGACAAAGACGACAGAACAUUAUUUGUCGGUGGACUUCAUGAGAAGAUGAAUCAAGAUUUGCUUUAUGAAUUGUUUUUUCAAGCAGGACCUAUCGAGCGUGUUGCGAUUCCUAAAGAGAAAGAUGGAAAAAUUAAAUCGUAUGGGUUUGUCACUUACAAGCAUUUGGUUUCUGUGGAUUACGCUUUAAAUAUUUUCGCUGGCACACGGCUUUUUGGAAGAGAACUUCUUAUAAAAAAUCGAAACAGUAACAAAAAUCGAGAAUUUUCACAGUACAAACAAUCGCCAUCAUCAGUUCUUAUUUAUGGUCAUAAUUCGAUGAGUCCUCAAACUUCUUUAACUCCUGAAAUGUCACCACAAAUUGUUCAACAACAUCAGCAGCAAUUGCUCCAUCAGCAGCUUAUCAUGAUGGCAUCAGGGAAGAAUUAUUCUGAAAGUUUCUUGAAUACUGCUCAAUUAUUUGCUGGAUCGCAAGGUGCUCAGUAUACUUCAACUCGUCCCGACAUUUCUGGAUCACAACGUGAACAUUAUCCAGAUAGAAAUCGUUAUCGUCGAGAGGAAAGUCGUUCGAAUCGUGCUAAACCAUAUCGUCGUUCAAAAAGUCGUUCACGUUCACCGCCGUCUCAUCGAAGUCGAGAUCGAUCGUCACCCACAGAUUAUCAUCGCAAUAACCAUCAAGACAAAAGCAGAAGAAAUGAUUCACGUUCAAAUUACCAUCGUUGGAAUCAUCAUCAUCGCUGA